AUGUCAGAAAACAAGGAUUCUGACGUAAAUAGGCCAGUUGCUCCUCUAGGAGGACCACCGUAUCUCUCACAUCUGCUUUCAAAUCCACAGAAUCCCGUGGUUUUUAUGGACGUAUCCCUUGGAUCACAUUUAUUAGGCAGGUUAAAAAUUGAGUUGUUUGCCGACAAAGUCCCAAAGACCUGUGAGAACUUCAGAAAAUUUUGUACAGGGGAAUUCAAACACAACGCAGUCCCAGUUGGAUACAAGAAUACCAGCUUUUUUAAGGUUAUAAAUGAUUAUAUGGUUCAGGGUGGAGACUUUGUCAAGGGUGAUGGCACAGGAUCUCUUUCAAUUUAUGGCUCCAGCUUUGAUGAUGAGAAUUUUUCUGUGAAACAUUCACGGUGUGGAAUAAUUAGCAUGUAUAACACUGGGCCGAACACGAACGGGUGCCAGUUUUUCUUCAUCACUAAACCAUGUGAUUGGCUAGACGGAAAGAAUGUCGCGUUUGGUGUUUUGGUUGACGAUGAAUCGCAAGUAGUUUUACAAAAGAUGCAAAAUGUUACUGUUGGAGAAGGUUUUGCUCCAAAAAUAGCAAUGGUUGUCUCUGAGUGUGGGCAAUUAUGA